UGAAGAACGCCAUCCACAUCUCUAACAUGCAACACCACAAACAUGCCUGCAAGAAGUGAAGAAUCCGACUACGAUAGCAGCUGUUCGUCCAUCACAACCCGAGAUUCCGGCCAUGGCUGGAUCAGCGAUGUCAGUUUCGGGAGCUCCAGCUCCCUCUCUGUCUGUUCAUAUACGGACAGCAUUUCUCCUUGUAGCUACAAACCACACAAAGCCAACCAAGCCCAUUGGGAGGCCAUGGCACGCAUCCGUCGUGCCAACGGUCGAAUUGGGCUCGACCAAUUUCAGCUCUUGCGCCGUCUUGGCAGCGGCGACAUCGGAAAUGUUUACCUGUGCCGGCUCAGGAACCCCAUCGUCGGAUUGCCUGAGUGCCUAUACGCCAUGAAGGUGGUAGAUAGAGAAGCGCUCGCCAUUAGGAAAAAACUACAGAGAGCUGAGACGGAGAAGGAGAUCUUAGGCAUGCUCGAUCAUCCGUUCGUGCCGACGCUUUAUGCCCAGUUCGACGCUUCUCGUUACUCGUGUUUGGUUAUGGAAUUCUGCCCUGGCGGGGAUUUGCUUACCGUGAGGCAACGCCAGCAUGGGAAGCGUUUCAGUGUUUCAUCUGCUAAAUUCUAUGUCGCGGAGACUCUUUUAGCUAUGGAGUAUCUUCAUAUGAUGGGUGUGGUUUAUAGAGAUUUGAAGCCAGAGAAUGUCCUCGUCAGAGAAGAUGGUCAUAUCAUGCUUUCUGAUUUUGACCUCUCGCUUAAAUGCGAUGUCGUCCCAACCCUCCUCAGAAUUAGGCUUGACCCUGCGGUCGCGGCAAAGAGCCCAAAAAAGGGCUCAAUUCCUUCAUGUGUGGGGCCAAUACAACCCGUUUUAUCAUGUUUUUCUGCGUCUAAGAAUCCAAGCAAGCAAAAGAAAGAAAAACCCGUAUCGGAGUCGAAAGCUACAAUCGCUACGGUACUUCAGGAGCUUGAUCCUGAGCUAGUGGCCGAACCCGUCAACGCUCGAUCAAAGUCGUUCGUUGGCACACAUGAGUACCUUGCCCCCGAGGUGAUCUCCGGGAUGGGCCAUGGGAGCGCCGUUGAUUGGUGGACACUUGGGGUGUUUUUGUUUGAGCUAUUGUAUGGGAGGACACCAUUUAAAGGUGAGAACAAUGAGAAGACACUUAUCAACAUCAUCAAACAACCAUUGAAUUUCCCCAAGAUUGAUGUGAGUAGUUUCAAUAGUACUAAGGAAUUGGAAGAGAUGGUGAAGGCCCAAGAUCUUAUAAGCAAGCUUCUAGUGAAGAAUCCAAAGAAGAGGAUUGGAAGUUUGAAAGGGUCUGCUGAGAUUAAACGGCAUGAGUUCUUUAAGGGUGUGAACUGGGCCUUGAUUAGGUCUGUGAGGCCUCCUGAGGUCCCAAAAGACUUGGAGAGGAUGAGAAAGAGAGUGGGCCACCUUCCAUCAAAGCUAAACAAGAGAGAUAGGGGUACAAGUGCUACAUAUCAGAUUCCUCAGCAUUUUGACUACUUCUAACUGUAGAUAUUUGUAGAUAGAAUGGGUGCAAAAGUCAUGUGAUGACAUUAAAUAGGUAGAGUUUUGUUUGUUAUCCCUUUCUCACUAAUGAAAGUUUGAAAAGAGAGAUUACUAUGUUUA